AUGAAGAUCACAACGCUCGUCAAGAGUGCCGUCUUGACUGUCUUGGCGUUCGGUCUCGCCUCUGGUCUCCUCAACAUACCUGUUCCCCGUAACGCUGUCUCUGGCAAUGCUUCCGUUGUCACAUCCAGCGGUCUACCCGGCGCCACUUCGAGCGCUCGCGCUGCUUCAGUUACGGGUCGAAAGAUCGUCCUCCGCGUUACUGAUGCCAACUCACGCGGUGCUGCGUCGGUCAAGCCAAAGGUGAUUGCCACUGUGACACUCGAUGCUGCUCGCAGCGUUCUCUCGACACUCUCGGUGCCUGGCAUCCCCUUUGUGAGGUUCAGGCGACGUGUCCAACAAGUAAAGACAAGCGCAAAUCGCCUCUUCUCGCGAGCUAUGCCUGCGCUCCGAUGGCCAUACACGAGUACCUCCUCCAAGAUCCGUGGCGUCAAUCUCGGCGGUUGGCUUGUCAUAGAGCCCUUUAUUACUCCUGGCGUUUUUGCUGCUACGGGCAACGCCAAUAUUGUCGAUGAGUGGACCUUUGGUUCGCUUCAGCCCCGGGGUCAGGCCACAAAGAUCUUGCAAAACCAUCUCAACACGUUUUUGAGCGAGAGCGACAUCAGACAGAUCGCUUCUGCCGGUUUGAACCACGUUCGCAUCCCCAUUGGUUACUGGGCUUUUGAAGUGGCAGCGGGAGAGCCAUAUCUGAAGCUCAACCAGUGGGAUCUGCUCAAGCAGGCGGCUCGUGUGUGUGCUAAGUACAACAUCAAGGUGUUGGUGGAUUUGCAUACUGCACCAGGCAAUCAGAAUGGUUUCGAACACGGUGGUCGCGCCGGUGUCAACCAGUGGGCCAACGAUGCUUCGAAUAUCAACCGUACCGUCAACAUCUUGCAGACCAUGUCGAAAGAAUUUUCCCAGUCGCAGUAUGCCAACUCGGUCACCGCGAUUGAACUGCUCAACGAACCGGUUCAAGAUCAAAACGUUCUCAUCGAUUUUUACAUACGUGCCUACGAGGUCGUUCGUUAUCCCACUGGACGUAACGGCCCAGUUUCACCACUGUUGAUUGCGAUUAGCGAUGGUUUCAUCUCACCAGCUGUUUCCGACUACUGGAACAACAAGGCGCUGCCCCCACAGUACGAAGGUGUUGCUAUCGACUCUCACGUUUACACGAUCUUCUCUGCGGAACAGAUCGCUCUCUCGCCCUCCGAACGACUGGCCUUCUAUUGCUCGCUGAAACUGAAAUGGGCCAUUGCCAACAGCGUGCACCCGCAGAUUAUUGGCGAAUGGACGCCCGCCUACACGGACUGCGCCAACGGCGUCAACGGUCGUAACGCCGGCAGCAAGGCCGGCACAUCUGCGGAUUGCUACGCCAGAACCGGUGACGCAUCCACCUUCACCACGGAUUACAAGAAGAUGUUGGGCAGGAUGUGGGAAGCUCAGGUGGACUCGAGUGAAGGUGGCAAAGGCUGGUUCAUGUGGACGUGGAAGACCGAAGCGAAGGCGGCCGAGGAUUGGAGCUACCAAAAGGGCUUGCAGUACGGGUGGAUUCCUAGAGACCCAACUCAGAGACCUCAGGGUGUGAUAUGCGACAAUCCUGCUACAUACGGGAUGUAA